UGGCAGGAGAGGUGAGGAAGGCGGGGCCACCCGAGGUGAGGGUUGUGUGAGGUGAGGGAAUCUCGCGGGGUCUCGCUGGCUCUGGGCGCGGAGGCGCGCGGUGAUUGGGCGGCUGGGGUCAAGGGGGCGGGACUGAGUCAGGGAGUCUCCGCAGCGGCCGAGUCCUAUGGGCCGGCCGCGCUGGGUCCCGCGCGGUGAUUGGGUGGGGGCGGCUCUCGCGGAGCCUGGUGGGCCGGGUCCGAUUGGCUGCGGGCGGGUGUCGGGCGCGCGCCCCGCAUGGGGGCGGGGGGGGGCCGGCGGGGGGAGGGCAGGCCGGGUGCGCGUGCCCGCUGUGCGCUCCGCGCUGGGGCUCCGUGAGGAGGUGAGUGGCGGCGGCGGCGGCGGGUCGGGCGGCCGAGGCGGCGGCGGCCGGGGGGCGGAGCGGCGCUGCGCGGCGGGGGCCUGAGAGCCCGCCGCCCCCACCCCUGCCCGCCGCAGGCAGGCGGCGGAGACCCCCCCCCCCUCCCCCCACCCGGCCCGCUCCUGCCCGCCCCGCCGCGGGGAGCAGCCGCCGGCGCCCCCCGAGAGGCGCUGCCCGCCGCCCGGCCGCCCGGCCCGGGCUGUCAGGGCGCCGCCGCCGCCCCCCGCGCCGCCGCCCCGCGCCCCCUCUUUAUCCCCCGGCCCGCGCUCGCCCCCGUCAGUCAUUUGUCACUUUCCCCGCUCCCAUCUCCCCUCCCCGCCCCGUCCCCGCCCGCCCCGCCGCCGGCUGCUGCCCUGCCCCGGCCCUUUCUCUUCCUCCAUCUAUUUUUAUCGUCUCCUCAUCCCCUCUUGCCCUCCCCCGCCCGAUCCUCGCCCUCCCCGCCCCCCCCCCCCCCCGGCUCCUCCCGUCCCUCCUCACUUUUUCUGGGUGCUUGCGUGUGUUUCAGGCCUUCAAGGAAAAGUUGCAAACUCCCAAGUUUUUUUGGUUUGUUUUUUUUUUUGUUUGUUUUUUUUUUUUUUUGUCUUUCCGUAUUUGAGGGAGCAGGUGCCUGGAAGGAGGGAGCUAUGUAGGAGGUGCCUGGGCGCUCAGGGAGGUUCGAGGGGGUAAAUGGAGAGGAUGUGGGAAUGGAAGGGGUAGACUUGUCAGUCCUCUCAGGGUAUUCCAGGGGAGAGACUCCAAACCCUCCUUCUGGAGGGAAGGGGGAUUGAUUGCUGUAUUCCUUUUUUAUAAACAAAACAAGACAAAAAAGUGAAGAAAAAAAAACCAAACAAAACCCAAUCCAGUUGCCCAAGGAUGGAGUUUCAGUAGCCAACCAGAGCUGGACUCUUGGGGGAAGAGGGUUCGUGCACACUGGCUCACGCACACAUGAAGCGAUUCUCCAAAUUGUUUGGCUUCGUGAAGAGAUAAGGCCAGUUGAGCUCAAUGUUUUUAAAGGUGGGCCGUGUAUGAUGAAACCCAACUUCUUUUAAAGUGUAGCAGAUUUCAUUUUUAUGGCCAAAUGACAGCUUGACCCAGUUGUUAUCCAAUCAAAGGGCAUUUUUUUGAAUGUCUCUUUGUGGCACGACAGCCAACGCAAAAAUGAUGGCGGCUUACAAUGGCGGUACGUCUGCAGCAGCAGCAGGUCACCACCACCACCAUCACCACCACCUUCCUCACCUCCCUCCUCCUCACCUCCAUCACCACCACCACCCUCAGCAUCACUUGCAUCCAGGCUCUGCCGCUGCGGUGCAUCCCGUACAGCAGCAUGCCUCUUCGGCAGCUGCGGCCGCGGCAGCGGCGGCCGCAGCGGCGGCAAUGUUAAACCCAGGGCAGCAGCAGCCAUAUUUCCCAUCACCGGCACCGGGCCAGGCCCCUGGACCAGCUGCAGCAGCCCCAGCUCAGGUACAAGCUGCAGCAGCUGCUGCAGUUAAAGCGCACCAUCAUCAGCACUCACAACAUCCACAACAGCAACUGGACAUUGAGCCGGACAGACCUAUUGGAUAUGGAGCCUUUGGUGUUGUCUGGUCAGUAACAGAUCCACGAGAUGGAAAGAGAGUUGCACUCAAAAAGAUGCCCAACGUCUUCCAAAAUUUGGUCUCUUGUAAAAGGGUCUUCCGGGAGUUGAAGAUGUUGUGUUUUUUUAAGCAUGACAAUGUACUCUCUGCCCUCGACAUACUCCAGCCUCCACACAUUGACUAUUUUGAAGAAAUAUAUGUUGUCACUGAAUUGAUGCAGAGUGACCUCCAUAAGAUUAUCGUCUCUCCUCAGCCACUCAGCUCGGAUCAUGUCAAAGUUUUUCUUUACCAGAUUUUAAGAGGUCUGAAAUAUCUACAUUCUGCUGGCAUUUUACAUCGAGACAUUAAACCAGGGAACCUACUUGUGAACAGCAACUGUGUUCUUAAGAUUUGUGAUUUUGGAUUGGCCAGGGUGGAAGAAUUAGAUGAAUCUCGUCACAUGACUCAGGAAGUUGUCACUCAGUAUUACCGAGCUCCAGAAAUCCUGAUGGGCAGCCGUCACUACAGCAAUGCUAUUGACAUCUGGUCUGUAGGCUGUAUCUUUGCAGAAUUACUUGGGCGAAGAAUAUUGUUUCAGGCACAGAGUCCCAUACAGCAGCUGGAUUUGAUCACAGACCUGCUGGGAACCCCGUCGCUGGAAGCAAUGAGGACGGCAUGUGAAGGCGCCAAGGCACAUAUACUCAGGGGUCCUCAUAAACAGCCAUCCCUCCCUGUCCUGUACACGCUCUCCAGUCAAGCUACACAUGAAGCAGUUCAUCUCCUUUGCAGAAUGUUGGUCUUUGAUCCAUCCAAAAGAAUAUCUGCUAAGGAUGCCUUAGCUCACCCAUAUCUUGACGAAGGGCGGUUGCGAUACCACACUUGUAUGUGUAAAUGUUGUUUCUCCACAUCUACUGGAAGAGUUUAUACAAGUGAUUUUGAACCCAUCACUAAUCCCAAAUUCGAUGACACUUUUGAAAAGAACCUCAGUUCUGUUCGGCAGGUGAAAGAAAUAAUUCAUCAGUUCAUUUUGGAACAGCAGAAAGGAAACAGAGUGCCUCUCUGCAUCAACCCGCAGUCUGCUGCUUUUAAGAGCUUUAUUAGGUAACUUUCCACGGUUGCUCAACCGUCCGAGAUGCCGCCAUCUCCUCUGGUUUGGGAGUGAAGUGGAGGAUAAUGUACUACUGAGAUGUAACGUAGCUUUCCACUGGAGUCUGGGAUUUGCAAUUCUGGAGGUUAAUCAUGCUUGUACUGUAAUUUUACUAAUGAAGUUUUAAAUUAACAACCACUACUUGUACAAUAUGAAUAAUAUUUAGAAAUGUACUAGACUUUUAAUCUUGUAAAGUGGUUGUGCUUUUAGAAGAAAAUAUUUUACCCAGAGUUGCACGUGUUUUAUGAAUUCUAGUGCAGCUGUGAUGGCUCAGCUCAGAACAAACAGAAUUGAACCAAAUUUGGGGAGGUUUUUUCUUUUUUUUUUUUUUUUUCCUUUUUUUUCUUUUUUUUUAUUGAAGUGAGAUUGUACAAAAAGAUAGACAUACAUUUUGAUAUUGAGCCAUUCCUGAAGAUUUUGGGUUUUCUAAAACUAAGGAAUACAGAAAACUUGACUGCGACCAAUCCUGAAGUCACGUCAGAUGCCGGCGACCACAGAAGUGGCCGCGACACCUGAUGGUCAAACCCUAUAAAUAGCUUCUCACUAGAGCUGUGAUGGUGAUGUGUGCUGUUCUCAAAUCAGAUGUUGUGAGUAGAGAGAAUGAGUUUGUGACUAGGAGAGACUAAACUUCUGUUUCCUUACCCGGUAUAAAUAUAUAUAUAUAUUUAAUCUAUUUUUAUUAGAAGUUUUUCUGCUCUUUCUUACAUAAAACCCCCCAGCAUGCAUCUUCUAUGUGUGUAAAUAAUUCCAUUUAUGGGCUAAUUUCAGAGGUCCCCGACAUCAUUGCUGUAUAGAGAGAAACUAGCUUGCACAUUUUAGGUCUGUGAAAUUUUGUGAGAACUUUUUCCUGCACUGGACAGUUGAGAGAAAAAAAAAAAAAAGAAAAGGAAAAAAAAAAAAGCACAUAGGGAAUUAUGUUAAUUGUGUUCGUGUCUUUAGGCGAAGCUGUGGAAGUCUUGAAAUGUCACAGUAGUAAAUAACUUUUAUUACUUUUUGGCUAAUUCUUUUUCUGUUGGAACACUGAAUUCUGUGCAUAUGUAUAUAUGAACACAAAUUGAAGGCCUCUACCUCCUGGAGUAUACAACUUGGUUUGUUUACCUCCACAUGAUUUUUUUUUUUUUUUUUUUAAGUUCAGUGUGGAGACUUGAAACUUGAAUGUCCCUUCCAACUUUUAUAUUUAAAACAAGACUAGAAAAUUGAAGACUGUUUUUCACCUGUACAAAGAAAUCCUAAAGGGUGGUCUUAAAAUUUGAGCAUUGGUCUGGAGGAAAACCGUGGUGUUUGUUAUGGACAAUUAACUGUUAAAGUUAUUGUAAGUUAUCUGUAUUUAGCAGAGUAUUUUCAACAAGAGUGAUCUGAGCUGAAAUUGGAGACUAUUAGUAAGUUAUGUUUGGAAGUUUUAACUUCAAUGAAGUAAUUAUUUGCUGUGAAAGAGACAAACAUUGAAUAACUGAACAAAGAUGGUGCAAUAUCUUUGUUUUUUAUGAGGCUCCUGAGAAUAAAACCAACUGAAGCAUUUCAAUUCACUUGAAUGAGAAACGUGUUUAAUUAAAAGAGCCCGAGAAGACACUGGUAUGAAAGGUAAAAUCUCAGAGGUUGGUCAGUUAAUGUGGCACACUUGCUGGUCACUUUGUAAAAUGUAGAUUUGAAGUACAGUGGUGAAAACAUUAAAUGUGACAUUUGAAAAAGAAGUGGUGGUGGUAUCGUUAUUUCCUGUCUCAUCUCCCACCUUCAUUUAAGAAUAAGUUGUUACAAUCUCGAUCGAGUACUGUCUGAAAGAAUAGAAGUAAAAAGAGUUUAUAACACCUUGGUUUGGGCGUGGUUUUGAUUUGUACGCCCACAUGCAGAAACACACACACAUAUAUACGUAUAGAUGCAUAUCUAUGCGCAUAUACAUGAAUUCUCAAACAAAAUAUUCACUUACUCCUUAAGCUUGAUCCUGGAUAAAGGCAAAACUUGCUGAUUAAAUCAAAACAAGCAAUUGAGUUGCACUUUACUGGGAGGUUGAAAGACAUCCGGGCAAGGAUGGAUUUUCCUUAAUUUGCAAAGUUCAUAUCGUUUUUUUCAGCACAAAGGCGGUCGUUGUUUUCUGUAGUCCUAAUGCAAAGAAUCCAACGGGCAGUGGCGUUGCGGAAUACGGCUGAAAACGCUCAUGUUUUAUGAGUGUGACCUUUUUAAAGAUCAAACAAAUUGAAAGAUACGGUUCAAGCCUCAGGAGAAAUAAACUGAUGGACCCUCGGAGCAGGUGCUCCCUUCCCAGGGCUGGCGCAGGUUCUGGCUCCUGUCCCUGCCUCUUCAGACCUCUUCCGAGAAGCCUCUGUGCUGCUGUGAGGGAAAUUUUAACGCGUUUUGGAGCCGGUGAUGGUGGUGUCGUUAUCGCUUCAUGGUUGCCUGUUGCUGACACCGUUGCCAUGAAUUCGCUGCUGUUUUUACUGACGCUGCUCGUUAGAUGCUCCGUCGGCGUAAGCCUGCGGUGCGACGGGCCCUUCGCUCAGGCAGGAACCCAGUGGUGCAGGCGGCAACGGAACCCUGGGCACCGGGAUGCUUUUUGGAGGGAGUUGCUAGAGGUCCAUGGGUUCAUCUCGUUCAUGAACACAGAAUAAAAUGUCUUUUGGACGUUCCCCUUUCAGGGUGUCUUCAUAUGAGUGUGGGCAAAGUAAAAAAGAGUGAGUAAUGACAAAUGGCACAAAUGCGUAACGAAAAUUGUGUGUGCAAAUGUAUGUAAAAACCUCGUACGGUCAUGUUUUCUGUAGCCUCCACUGCGUUUUACAUGUUUGAUGUAACUCAGUUCCAAUGGAAGUGAGACCUCUUAAGAGCCACCUUUGGCAAAGACGGUUCCGUGUGUGAAGUGGAUGCCCUGGUGCGCGCAAGGAGAGCGAGCUCCGCGCCAGCGCAGCGGGAGCUGGUUUCUGUCCCAGUGGGGUUAAACUCUGGCUUGCGGUUUUCAGAGUUGCAUUUUAAUCAGUUUAAAGCUUUGUUGAUACCAAUGUCAAACGAAUUACAGAUUGUAAUCAUAAGUUUUAAGCUCUCUAAAUACAGCUUCUGCAUCUCCUUUUAUUAAUUGUGCCUUGAGAAGAGUACAGAAGUAGUGAGUGCAAAGAAUAACUUCAAAAUUAUUCACAAAUUGUCAAAGGAACGUGCAACUAUUUGGAGGCCCGAUCUCGGUGUGUACAUCUUGAAGGUGAUGCAAAGGAGCUAAACAACGUCUGCUGGGGGAAAGUAGUUGCCAAACCCCCUUUCUGAUGUGCAGUGAAAUACCACUGACUGAUUCAAAUCAACUCACUUACGAAAGUCGGGAAGAGCUUUUCUCCUUCAGCCAGUUUAAUGUUGGCGUAUUUGGGACUUUGCGAUUUGAGCUGCUGGGAGCGUACGAAUGCUCGCCAGACCAAAGAGCUGGGCUUAAUAGUUACUGGGUCACAAGUUUUCUAAUCAUCUUUUUUACCCUGUAUUUGUUUUAGUAACGGAAUAUCUUGAGAUCCUUGAACUGUUUGUGCUUUGUAACUUUUAAAAAUGCUUCUGUCAAGCACAGAUUGAGCGGGAGUCCUGUUCACUGUACUUCUGUACCCCUGCUCAGGUAUGGCUGCUUUACAACUGUUUGUGACGUGGAUGGAGGGGGGAGACUGGGGUCCCAGCAGAUGAUGGCUAUAAAAUCUGCCUGUACCCCUGGGGCAGCUUCUGUGCUCAAUAAAGGAUGGCAUCAGCCCCGCGGA